UGGUUCAUUUCAGUUUUGAAUUUUGUUUGGGAUAUCAACCACUUUGUCAAGAACGCACACAUACCUCAUCUACGGACUCUUCUCUUUCCGUCGUCGAGACAAUGCCGACAACGAUACUGUUCGAUAGUUCCCUGUCCAUGCUUCGUCCUGUUGUGGCCGAUGACCCCUCUUCGGAAAGUCGCCGAGUUUUGGCCGAGCAUGGCAUCGGUGCCUUCUUGGACGCGCUGAAGUCGUUCAAUCCCCUGGAGUAUGUCGCCUUGCUGUCGUUCAGUUCCUCGUGUGAUGUCGCGGUGCCGUUUACCAGGGACCUGGAUAGCAUACGCGCGGGUGUGCUGGAAGUGGAAACAUGGGACAAAACGCUUCUGCAGCGAGCAAUUCGUGGUGCAGGUGAGUACUUACUGACGGAGUUCGGUCCCUACGCGCCAAGUCAUGUUGUCGUGGUAACUGACGGUAGCCAGGGUGCCAACAUGGACGACGCCAUGCAGAAGUCGCUUGGCACGAUGCAGUUUCCGAUACCCGGCAGCGUUCACGUCGUCCUUCUGUCCAGAGGUGACGAGCUUAACUCCAGCGUGGAGGAGUUCUAUCGCAAGCAGUGCAGCAGCUAUGUCAGUAACCCAGGUGAUGUCCUCAUUCCAGAUGGCCCUCUGUCGCAGUCGAGUGUCGCAGAGUGUAUGCAGAAGCUAGCUGAGCGGCUCCACGCGCCGUUCAAUGGCCGCUUGACUUGCGGGCAUCUCCAGGGCGAUGUUUGUCUGGUGCCCCGGCCGUUCUUUCUGCCAGCGGCUCGCGCCUUGCGACACACAGCGUCCUGUGCUGGUCAUUCGGCUGUCGAUGCUGCUGUUGCCGCGAUCAACAGUGCUUCCGCCUCAAGUACGACUGCAUCAGGUAGCGUUGGAGGCAGUGGUGGAGGCAGUGGUGGUGGUGGUGGUGCCGUCACUGAUCCUUGCGAAGGCACCGCGUUGCAUCUGCCAUCAAAGUUUGAGGUGUGUGGAUUUCUGGAACAGUCGUCAGUCGCUGGACCACCUAUUUUAGCACGGCACCUGGUACUGGAUCCCUCCAGCAGUGUGGCAUCAUUGUCAUGUAGCGGGACGGCAUCGUCUUCUCUGGCGAGUAGAGAUCAGCGGAGCAAGUCGACAGGUCGGGCAGGUACCAGUGAAGGCGAAGCCUCUGGUCAGCUCAGUACCGGCUCCAACAUACGAUUGUCCACUGCGUCGCCAACGGCAGACGGUGCAACCGAGAGUUCUCCCGCCCUGCAGAUUGGCGUGGACACGGAGCAAGGUGAAGGUACCACCGCCGCUGGAGCAAGCUCGUCGUCGGCAAACGCCGACGGCAAGAAGCCGUCGUUUCGCGUCCUUCUUCAUGCCAGUCUUCGUGUUGAGGCACUUGUGGCUCUGGUCCGAUUCAGGAAAGAUUGGUUUGGUUUGCUCAUGUCGGCAGCGGAUUCGAAGAAGAAAGCGAACCUUGUGCUGUCCAUCUUCGCUCCAGGCUGUCAGCUACCGUGGCUUGGUGGCCGACUGAGCAUGCUGGGACCAAGCGCUCUGUUGCAGCAGGAGACUGGCCUGACCCGUAAGCGACGGCACUCCGAGGCUAGCGGUGAGCAAUCAGACAGUGAGCCGGGUGAAUACCGUCCCAGCGACUACCUACCGGUUCCACCAAUCACACCACCCAGCUUUAACUCACUGAGUGGAUUGACCUGGGCAAGACAACAGAACAUUCAGAAUGAUGUUACAAAAGUGAUGAAGUUUGCUAGACGGCUGCCGGAGAAGAUCAAUGCUUUCCUCAGGGAGACAAAUCGUGUGAGACACACUGCUCUCUGCUACGGCCUGACGGAAUUGCUGGAGGUGCUCUCUGAAGUGUUGCUACGGGAACAAACCACAUACCCAAUGGGCUCGUAUCCACAGCAACAGCUGAAUGCCAUUGGCGAAGCAUUGCUGACUCAGCUAGAUCCUGACAAGCCCCUCAUUCUGCAACCGAUCAAUGUGGAUACAACGAGUCAGUGACUGGCGGAUACAACGAGUCAGUGAUUUAGACUGGUGCGUGUGUGUGUGCGUGCGUGCGUGCAUGUGUGUGUGUGUGUGUGUGUGUGUGUGUGUGUGUGUGUGUGUGUGUGUGUGUGUGCGCACAUACUCGUGCUAGUUGGCUCUCUUUGUAGAGUAGUGUUGGUAUGUAUGCAGAGGCUGGCGGAUGACAUCGCUCUUCUUCGAGAGGAGUUUUUUGUAGCUACCGUAACUCCAAGUCUUCAAGUUCGAGAUGUGCGUGUCUGUGUGACUUCUCCAGUGUAGUCAUGGAGUUUGUUGAACCUUGCUGCAUGCGCGCUCUAUCUGCUCUCGCUAGGUGCUGCUGAUUUUGGCUCUGCACUCGUUUACGUAUUGCUAACUUGACUGGCCCGUGUGCUUACAUCAGCAUGUGUGUUUGUGCCCUCAUAAAACACACACACACACACACAUAACGCGCUCGCGCUUGCUUGCUUUGCGCUCUGCUUUUGAACUCUUUGUAGUCAGCAUCAGCUUCCCGACGUCAUGGGAUGAUUCCAGCGUCUACUCUCCAUCUCGUGCUCGCCUUAUCCCGUUGCUGCUGCUGCAUGCCCUGACAUUUCACUUUGGUCCGUUCUACCAGUCCUAACAACCUUCUUUGCUUCUAUGCUAUACACAAUGCGGCGCACGCACGCUUCGUGCAAAAACGCACGCAAGCGUUUGGAUGCGCGCCGCCAAUCGUUGUAAUUGCGUAGGGUCUAUUGUACUCUCCGCGCUGCCUGUUGCUAUGCGCAUGAAAGGUUCACGCUUCUUUUCUGUCCACACAAUUUGGCCUGUUUCGUGCCCGAAUAAAGGAAAUUUACCUAUCGGCGCAAGCUUUACGCUAA